GUAAAUUAGUGAUAAUUUAAGAAUUGUGGAAAACACAAAACACUUUCAAAUUAAUUAAGAUGAAGUUUUUAAUUAGCUAUAGGACUAUGUCCUUAAUGUUGUUUUUCUUAGUUAUGGUAACAUUGGUGGCACAAGUUCAAAGCACACCUUGUUCAAGCACAUUUUUCUCAGCACUUGUGCAACUCAUUCCUUGUAGGGCAGCUGUUGCACCUUUUAGUCCAAUUGAACCCAAUGAUGCUUGCUGCAAUGCCCUUAGGUCCUUAGGUCAACCAUGUUUGUGUGUUCUUGUUACUGGCCCUCCAAUUUCUGGUGUUGAUCGCAACAUGGCCUCACAACUCCCAGAAAAAUGCACCACAAGCUUUGAUCCUUGUGAAAUCAUAUGAAGUGAAAUGGGAGCAUGAAGCUGGAAUGUCAUUAGAAAUAAGUGUGUUUCUUAUUUUUAUUUUAGGAGUAAUUUAUGUAGUGCUUCCCAUAAUAAUGUUACAUAAGAUGAGACUCAUGUCAACAUGGGAUUAUGCUUCAAUCUAUGCUUCACCUGGUGCUGAUUGAUUCUCAGAUUUCAAUAGUUAAAUUCUGAACAAGACUGAAAAUCAUUAAUCUCCA